UAGAUCCUUGUUUUCUCUCAGACAUGACUCUUCCUUACAACUUCUCUUCUGUCAGAAACCACUCGAUUCUUCUCCGGACCUCUCAUCAUCUCUACAUUCCCAGAACUCAAGGUUCCUUCUUUCUCAAGGGAUCUGCUCCUCUCUUCAAGAAACACUGUCUCCUCUUCUUCAAUGAUCAUCCUUUGUCCAGAAACCCUUACAAUCCCCUGAAACUCGCCAACCCUUUUGCUAGCAUCUCCUCUUUCGCAGAUUCUGGUGGAGAUGAACAACACCAUGAUGAACAAAUCCACAUUCAGGAACCUCAUCAGUCGACAAAACCCACCACAGAAGGAGAGCAACUCUCAGAUGCAAAGAAGGACGACUUGCCCGGAAUGGCUCAAGCCUUCAACAUCUCAUCCAACACUGCGUGGGCAAUCUCCACACUCAUCGCCUUCUCGGCUCUAUGCUUCCCACUGUUCAUGAAGUCACUGGGCCAAGGACUUGCCCUGAAGACGAAGGUUCUCUCUUAUGCGACUCUGCUCUUUGGAUUCUACAUGGCGUGGAACAUCGGGGCCAAUGACGUGGCCAAUGCCAUGGGGACAUCUGUCGGGUCCGGAGCCCUGACGCUCCGGCAGGCGGUGGUGACGGCCGCCAUUCUGGAAUUCUCGGGGGCGUUGUUGAUGGGGACCCACGUGACGAGCACAAUGCAGAAGGGGAUUCUUGUGGCAAAUGUGUUCCAGGGGAAAGACUCCUUGCUCUUCGCCGGCCUUCUCUCUUCCUUGGCUGCAGCUGGAACCUGGUUGCAGGUAGCAUCAUACUACGGGUGGCCGGUUUCGACGACUCACUGUAUAGUGGGAUCGAUGGUAGGAUUUGGGCUGAUGUACGGAGGUGCAGGUGCCGUCUUUUGGAGUUCACUCGCAAAGGUCGCUUCUUCUUGGGUCAUCUCCCCCGUCAUGGGAGCCCUCGUCUCAUUUCUCGUCUACAAAGGCAUCCGCAGAUUUGUAUAGAGCGCGCCAAACCCAACUGUCGACGCUGCCCCUGCCGCACCCAUUGCAGUGUUCGUGGGCGUCACCGGCAUUUCUUUUGCGGCAUUACCUCUAAGCAACGUAUUCCCCAUCGCUCUGUCUCAGGCCUUAGCAGCCGGAGCCGCCGGUGCCAUUCUCGUGGACAGGAUCAUCCGGAAACAGCUCGGACACCUCCUCGCCACGUCCUCCUCCUCACCGGAAUCAUCCCCGGCACCGUCGUCACCCAAAGGCCUCGGAUUUCUCUCCGACUUCGCCGGACCCACAGGCACUCAGCUCGAGAUCGUAUACGGAGUCUUCGGCUAUAUGCAAGUCCUCUCCGCCUGCUUCAUGUCCUUCGCACAUGGCGGCAACGACGUCUCCAACGCUAUCGGACCCUUAGCCGCCGCUCUGAGCAUCCUGCACGGCGGAGCAGCCGCCGGAGGCGGCGAGAUCAUAAUCCCCAUCGACGUCCUCGCCUGGGGAGGCUUCGGAAUCGUCGCCGGACUCACGAUGUGGGGAUACAGAGUCAUCGCAACGAUCGGGAAGAAGAUCACAGAGCUAACACCGACUCGUGGGUUCGCGGCGGAGUUCGCGGCCGCGUCGGUGGUGCUCUUCGCGUCGAAGCUAGGGCUCCCGAUCUCGGCAACGCACACGCUCGUCGGAGCAGUGAUGGGUGUAGGGUUCGCGAGAGGGCUCAACAGCGUGAGAGCAGAGACGGUGAGAGAGAUCGUCGCUUCGUGGGCCGUCACCAUUCCCGUCGGAGCCACUCUCGCCGUUCUCUACACGUGGGUCUUCACCAAGCUCUUGUCUUUCCUGUUGUGAGUUUUGGUUCUGUCUCUAUUCCAAUCUGAUACGACGAACAAGGUUCUGGUGUUUAUGUGUGGGUCUUGAUUCGGAUCUAAAACCCUAUACCGUCUGGAGAUUUUUGUAUUGUUCGCUGUGUUUUCCAUCUUCGAUUGAAGUAAUUUUUCACCCAUCGGUGAUGAUGAAUGAAGCAAGCAAGGUAGCUUUCUUAA